AAAUCGGCCUUUGAAGACGCCUACUCACGGCUAGGCGGCCGCGGAGAGCGGGUGCUUGGCCUCGCCUGGCUGGAGUUGCCCUCAAAGGACUUUCCACCGGAAUUCGAAUUUGACACCUCCGAAGAGCCGCCCAACUUUCCCCUGGCCGACUUCACCUUUGUCGGGCUGAUCAGCAUGGUCGACCCGCCGAAGCCGGGCGUCGGUGAGGCGGUUGGACGGUGUCGGCGGGCCGGGAUCAAAGUGGUGAUGGUCACCGGCGACCACCCCACCACGGCGGCGGCCAUUGCCCGUCAGGUGGGCAUCAUCUCCUCAAUUGAAACCAGCCAACCCGUUUCAAGUAGUUCAAACCAUCACCAUUCAGCCCAGUCCAAUCCAGCUGAGAAGCUUCACCGGGUGAUCACCGGCAGCGAGCUGACACGGCUUGGUGAGAAGGGCCUUGCCGAGGCGGUGGCCCGCCACGCCGAGCUCGUCUUUGCCCGUACCAGUCCCCAGCAGAAGCUGCUGAUUGUGGAGGCGUUUCAGCGGCGCGGCGAGGUGGUGGCCGUCACCGGCGACGGCGUCAACGACUCGCCGGCGUUGAAAGCGGCCAACAUCGGCAUCAGCAUGGGCAUCACCGGUUCGGAGGUGUCCCGGCAAACGGCCGAUCUCGUCCUGCUGGACGACAACUUUGCCUCCAUCGUCGAGGGCAUCGAAGAGGGGCGGCUCAUAUUUGACAAUCUGAAGAAGUCCAUCGGCUACACGCUGACGAGCAACAUUCCCGAGAUGGUGCCCUUUGUGCUCUUUGUGCUGGUGGGCAUUCCAUUGCCGCUCGGAACGAUUACCAUCUUGUGCAUCGACGUGGGCACUGACAUUCUGCCGGCCAUCAGCCUCGCCUACGAGCCGCCCGAGGCGGAUCUGAUGCAGCGUCCACCUCGGUCCCCCUCAGAGCACCUCGUCACCCUGCCGCUGAUAACGAUGGCCUACCUGAAGAUUGGCGUCCUGCAGAUGACCGCCGGCCUGCUCGCCUACAUCGCCAUCAUGGCGCAGCACGGCUUUUUCUGGCGGACGCUGGUCGGCAGUCGCCAGAGUGGCUGGCUCAGCGUUCACCUCGAAGACAUGACCGACGAUUAUGGACAGCAGUGGAGCUACGCCGCCCGGCGCCGACUGGAG